ACACGUUAAACCAACCAAAAAAAAAAUUAUGGUCAAGGCAAACGAAAGUGUUUUAGAGCCAGUGCCAAACUGGUUGGAGCAAGAACUAUUUGUUAAGGUUUUACAACAAGAUUUUAAAGAAUUUGGUCGUAUUAAAGAAUUUAAAGUAGAGCCAACAUCUGGCAAAGGGGAGAACUAUACAACUCUAUUGCUUCGGGUGAAAAUAACAUUUGAACUGAAAGAUGGCAGCCAAAAGAACACUUCUUAUAUGGUAAAAGUGUUGCCCACAGCCCAAUCCAUACGUGAUAUGGUCGGCGACUGGAAGGUUUUCGAUAAGGAGAACAAUAGCUAUGCCAAUUAUGUGCCAGAAUUCGAGAAAAUGUAUCGUGAGGCUAACAAAACAGUUACCUUUGGACCUAAACAUUAUACUUUUGCAAAGAAAGUGGAGGAACCCGUUGUUGUCCUAGAAGAUCUAGGCCCUAGAGGUUUUAAGAACGUUAGCCGUCAAAUCGGUUUCGAUAUAAUACACGCCAAAGCGGCUCUCGAGAAAUUAGCCCAGUUCCAUGCCGCUUCUGCAGUGCGUUAUGAGACCAAGGGACCCUUUUUGGAUCUCUACGAUCGUAAUCUUUGCAGCAAGAUAGACCAAUUUGAAGAAUUUCGCGACACUCAAGCUAAUUGCUUGAUAAAGGCUUUACCACUUUACGAGUUGGCAUAUUUGGCCCCGAUAUUGAAAUCGUACAGCAAAGAGGCUCCCGAUAUGUUCCAGGCCUAUGCCCCUAGAUAUGAAAAUGAAUUCCGAGUGCUUAACCAUGGCGAUGCCUGGUGUAAUAAUUUUAUGUUCCAAUACGAUGAUGCUGGUCAAUUAAAGGAGACAUAUUUUGUCGAUCUACAAAUGAGUCGUUAUAGUUCGCCCGCUCAAGAUUUACUCUAUAUGAUUCUAUCAUCGAUUGAUAUCGAUUUGAAACUAACAAAAUUCGAUUAUUUCAUACAAUUCUAUCAUGAGAAAUUGACCGAAAAUCUUCAAUUGUUAAAGUAUCCCAAACCUUUGCCCACCCUUAGGGCGCUACAUCAGGAUAUUAUCAAACACGGUGAAUGGAUAUAUCCAAUCGUAUCGGUUCUGCUGCCAGUUUGUCUCACCGAUAGUAAUGAUAAAGCCAAUAUGGAUACUCUUAUGAAUCAGGAGGCUGAUGGUAAUCAAUUUCGAAAUGUGAUAUUUGAAAACCCGAGAAUUGUUAAGAACCUAAAGGCAAUUCUACCCUGGGCCUACAAUCGCGGUGCUUUUGAACAAUUGUACGGUCACGUAUUAUCUAUCAAAUUUGUCGGUUCGCUACGGCAAGAAUAUAUCAAAAUGGGUUCCCGUAGUUCCAAGCCAAAGAGAAGCUAUAAUGUUCAACCUGUUGGACAGAGGACCUCCUCGGCCACAACUAUCGAUGUGCAAGAUAAGCCGGAGGUUAAGACCACACCCAGUCCCAGUCCAAGUCCCGCACCCACUUCAGCCACAGCUGGAAAACCCCCCGCAGCAGUUGAAAUAGAUACUAAAUUGGUUCCAGUAUGGUUAAAUGAGUCGCAAUUUGUUGAUAUUCUCAAAGCGAAUGUGCCUCAAUUCUCAAAAAUUCGAAGCUUUACAGUGAAGCCCGCUAUGGGGGCUGGAGAGAACUAUGCAACGUUAAUGCUGAGAGUAACUAUCGACGUCGAGCUUACGGAUAAACAGACGAAAAAUGUUUCCUACAUGAUGAAAGUUGCCCACGACUCACCAGAGAUGCAACAAAUGCUUCAAUUAGCCAACUUUUUUGUCUCGGAAAAUGCCGCCUAUACGGAAGUUUUACCCAAACUUGAUGAACUCUACAAGAGUAAAGGCAUCGAUAUUAAAUUUGCUCCUUCUGCCUACAAAUUGGAUGCAAGCGAAGAACCUAAACUGGCAAAUACUGUGGUCAUGUACGAUCUGGGUCAAGAUGGUUACGGCAAUCUAAAUCGUUUGGAAUGCCUGGACCUUGACCAGACCAAAUUUGCGUUGCGUAAGUUGGCCCAAUUUCAUGCUGCAGGCGCCAGAUUCGUUGAAGUGCAUGGACUAUACUGUGAUAUGUUCCUUUAUGGCAUGUUUGGAACCAACAAGGAACUCGGUAAAAUGUUUAUGGAACAAUUUAUGGGACCUUUGUUUAAACUGUUCCUCAAAAAUCUAUCUACCUAUAAGGAUGGUGAAAAAUAUAGACAGAAAUUCGAGAAAUUCUUUUCAGAAUUAGGCACGGAAAUAUUCAAUUUAAUUGAAUAUAAUCCUGAUGAGUUCAAUGUACUUAAUCAUGGAGACUGCUGGUUGAAUAAUCUACUAUUCAAAAAGGGACCCAAUCAAGAGCUCCUCGAUAUGAUAUUUGUGGAUUUCCAAAAUCCCAAAUAUGGUUCACCAGCUCAGGAUUUGUUGUAUUUCAUAUUCACGUCAGUGAAAAUUGAACACAAGCUAAAAGACUUUGAUUUUUUGAUUCGUUACUACUACGAACAGUUGGUGGAACAACUGAAUGUCCUGGGCUAUGAGGGAAGGCAACCAUCAUUAAGGGAAUUGCACAUGCAAUUGUAUAAAUAUGGAACCUGGGCAGUAACCGCCUCGUUUAUGGUCCUUCCGGUGGUCAUACUAGAUCCCAAUUCAGCAGCAACUAUGGAAAACUUUAUUGGCGAUUCGGAAGCUGGUGAUAAGUUUAAAAAUCUAUUAUACUCAAAUCCACGUUAUCGUGAACAAAUCGAACAAAUAAUGCCUUGGCUUGACAAUCGCGGUCUCCUGAAAGUAUAUGAAGCGCCCGUGAAGAUUGACCCGAUACUAACGGUCGAUGAAAAGUCUAUUAACGUCCCUGACUCUGAUAAGAUUUUCGACUGGUUAAAUGUUAGCGAUUUUGGUGAAAUAGUUGCAAGCACUGAGCCCACAUUCGAUAAGAUUGUGAGUGGUACGUCAGAGUUGGCCACCAAACCAGGUGAUAACUAUGCCUCUAUACUGCUCAAAGUGGAUAUCGAUGUGCAACUGAAGGACAACAGUUUGAAAACAAAGUCGUACAUUGUAAAGGUGAAUCCAAAUCACGCAAUAGAUUUUUCGGCCUUUAAUCUCUUCCCCAAAGAGAUUGAGGUCUAUGCCAACUAUGUAACCGCUUUUGAGAAGUUGUACACAGAUGCUGGCCAACCAGUUCAAUUUAGUCCCCGUUCAUAUAGGCUCCAAAAGAAAGAUGUCCAGGUGGAAUAUUUGAUUUUGGAUAAUCUAAAGUCAGUCGGUUUUAAAAUGUGUGAUCGCAUGAAAGGCAUGGACUUGGAGCACACCAAACAAACAUUAAAGAAACUGGCCCAAUGGCAUGCUGCUUCCCUCAAGUACAAGGAAUUAAACGGUCCCUAUCCAGAGAAAUUCAAUAAUGGCAUAUUCUCUGAGCAAACCGCUCCAAUAUUUAAGGCAAUGCUGGCUCCUAGUAAGAAAACCUUUAUCGAAACAGUAAGCCAAUUUGAAGGCAUCAAUGAAUUCAAGGACAAAGUGGAUAAUCUUUUCGAGGUGUAUGUAGAGUCUAUUAUAGAGGAUGCUAAGAUCGACGAUAAUGACUUCAAUGUGCUGAAUCAUGGCGAUGCUUGGAUAAACAAUAUCAUGUUCCAAUAUCACAAUGAUGGCCAGAUCAAGGAAACCUAUUUGCUUGACCAUCAGGUUGGCAAAUAUGGCAGUCCCGCCCAAGAUCUUUACUAUUUCCUUAUGAGCUCCACGCAAUUGGAUAUUAAAGUGGAGAAAUUUGAUUAUUUCAUUAGAUGGUAUCAUGAAAAUCUAGUGGAGAGUGCAAAGCUACUAAACUACAAUGGUUUUGUGCCCACUCUCAAGGAGCUGCAAAUCAUCCUACUAAAGCAUCCCAUUUUCGGUCCUGGCACUGUUUGCAGUACAUUGACCAUAUGCCUGGCCGAGACAAAUGAAGACUUUAAGCCCGAUUUACUUAUGUCAGACUCGCCUGCGGCAGAGGCAUUACGAAAGACUACAUACGGGAAUGAAAGAUAUAAGGCACAUUUUGAACUGGUGAUGCCUUGGUUGAAUAAGCGUGGCUUAUUAGAUGCUGACAAUUUCGCAAAACUUCAAAGUUAAAUAGUUAUAAUAAUUAUAUGAAAAUUAUGUGGUGUAUACCUCAAUUAACAAUACGAAUUUAAAAAUUUCCUUAUAUUUAAAGUGUAA